AUGGAAGCGCAGCUCGUCUCGCGGCUCAACAACCCAGAUGGUCGUCGAACUGAGGUAGAUCUGCGAUGCAGGUGCGAUUGCCUGAGGCGAUUGCAGCGGUUCUUCGUGGUCUCAGAUUCGGCUGGGAAGCAGACAAAGCAGCGGGACGGCGCUGAAUAUCCGGAGGAGUUGGCGGCUGCAGUUCAAACCGUGGAACCAGUCAAGGCAGAGGGCAGAGGCGGACCACACUUGCAGGUCGAGUGGUCUCCUACUGAGGUGGCAGCAAGUGGUACAGCCGAGAAGAGCGUCCCGGCUCACAGAGGGUGGAACGAUGAUAUUAAGAAGAGUCAAGGUGAUAGUAAUCGCGGUCCCACUUGGGACGCAUCAGAGGCUACAACAGGAGCAAAGACUCUCUCGAUUCAGUUCACGCCCGAGGAUCCACCCCGAGAGUGA